UCAGAUCCUGGCAGCAGCUACAGUGGCUCUCAUCUUCUUAGGCUGUUUUCCAUAUCUCCUGUUCUCUUCCAGAAACAUGGCCUCUGGUGUGGCUGUCUCUGAUGGAUUCAUCAAAGUGUUCAGUGACAUGGAGGUGCGUAAGUACUCGACUCUGGAGGAGGUGAAGAAGUGUAAGAAGGCAGUGCUUUUCUGCCUGAGUGAAGACAAGAAGAACAUCAUCCUGGAGGAGGGCAAGGAGAUCCUAGUAGAUGAAGUGGGGGACACUAUAGAUGACCCCUAUGCAACCUUUGUCAAGAUGCCUGGAAAAGACUGCCACUAUGCCCUCUAUGAUGCAACCUAUGAGACCAAAGAGAGCAAGAAGGAGGACCUGGUGUUUAUGUUCUGGGCCUCUGAGUCUGUACUCCUGAAGAGCAAAAUGAUCUAUGUCAGCUCCAAGGAUGCCAUCAAGAAGAAGCUGGCAGGGGAAAAGUAUGAAUUACAAGCAAACUACUCUGAGAAGGUCAAGGACUGCUACACUCUGGCAGAGAAGCUGGCAGGCAGUGCUCUCAUCUCCCUGGAGGGCGAGCCUUGUGAGCCUCAUCCAGCCCCCUGCCUAGAGCAUUUGGCAGCCUGAGACCUGCCUGUGGGAGUUGCUGGCUGCCCCCUUCUUGCCAGACCAGAGGGGCUGAGGGGAUCACAGCAGGGGGAGGGCAGUCCCUUCACCCAGUUGCCAAAUAGCCCUCCAAUCCCUGGACCUUCCUACUCCCUUCACCCCUGAUGGUUCCAGCAUUCCCAAACCACUUUUUAUCUUCUGAUUCCUCUUGGGUCAAGCAGACCAAGUCCUCCCCAGGCACCCCAGUUUGGGAGGGGCCUGUAUUUUUUAAUGACACCCCAAUUCCGACCUGUUCUUCACCUUUCCCAUUCUGCCAAAUUCUAACUGCAAUAGCGACUCUGUGCUUGUCUGUUUAGUUCUGUGUAUAAAUGGAAUGUCAUGGAGAUGACUCUUCUUUAUGCCACCUGGUUCUCCUCCCCUUUUCUACCUGGCCAUGGGCAUUCAUGGAAGCAGUACCAGUAAGGAACCUUCAAUUAAAAAAAAA